CAGGCGUGACUGUGUCCCUUGCCACAUGGACACCCUGAGGCAGUCCCCCUCCCCCUGUUCCUCCCGGCCCUCCAGCCCCAGGACCCCACCCUUCGAGAUGUUUGGUCCUGUGGGCAUCGAGGCCGUGCUAGACCAGCUGAAGAUCAAGGCCAUGAAGACUGGGUUUGAGUUCAACAUCAUGGUGGUGGGGCAGAGCGGGUUGGGCAAAUCCACCAUGGUGAACACACUGUUCAAGUCCAAGGUAUGGAAAUCGGCUAUGCCAAGCCUGGAAGUGCCCACACCACAGACACUGGAGCUGCACUCUGUGAGCCAUGUUAUCGAGGAGAAGGGCUUGAAACUGAAGCUGACCGUGACCGACACGCCCGGCUUUGGAGACCAGAUCAACAAUGACAAAUGCUGGGACCCGGUCCUGGGCUACAUCAACCAGCAGUACGAGCGGUACCUGCAGGAGGAACUCCUCAUCACCCGCCAGCGUCACAUCCCCGACACCCGCGUCCACUGCUGCGUGUACUUCGUGCCACCCACUGGCCACUGCCUGCGACCCUUGGAUAUUGAGUUCCUGCGGCGGCUGUGCCGGACUGUGAACGUGGUGCCUGUGAUCGCCCGGGCGGACAGCCUGACCAUUGAGGAGCGAGAGGCCUUCAGGAGCAGGAUCCAGCAAAACCUGAAAACUCACUGCAUUGAGGUGUACCCGCAGAAGUGUUUUGAUGAAGACAUUAAUGACAGCAUCCUUAAUGGCAAGAUAAGAGAGCAGAUCCCCUUUGCUGUAGUAGGGGCUGACCAAGAGCACCUGGUGAAUGGGAGGUGCGUCCUGGGCCGGAAGACCAAGUGGGGCAUCAUCGAAGUGGAGAACAUAGCACAUUGCGAGUUUCUUCUCCUGAGAGACCUGCUCAUCCGGUCUCACCUCCAGGACCUGAAGGACAUCACCCACAACGUCCACUACGAGAACUAUCGCGUCAUCAGACUCAACGAGAGCCACCAGCUGCCCCGGGGGCCAGGCUGGGUGAACUUGGCCCCUGCCUCCCCAGUACAGCUGACCAGCCCGGGGUGCCUGAAGGUCCGCAGGCGGGCCCAGAAGGAUUCCAAAGAUGAUGAGUGCUGAGCCCUGGGGGUGGCGGGGAGCCUACUGGCCUCCCCAAGUGUCAUCAGCCGGACCCCAACGCACACCUGUGUACCAG